UCGUGUACUUUACCUUCAGGGUCGCCACACUGGCUGCUGGAUUCCAUUCACACCAGGCACAAAACGUCAACGUCCCAAGGUUGAUGUGUGAUCCUCAUCAGCACUGCAGCACAAGCACCGCCACAGACUUCGUGGCUGCUGACAUGACGACCUCCACUGACCAGCGCAGGAGCCCGGGGGAAAACAAAAUUCAAUUCAAGCUUUCCGACCUGCAGUUCGUCUGUUGACGCGCGCGCUUGCCAAGCACUCCUCUAAAACCAUUGUCGCGACCGACGGCUCCUCGCCUCCACAUUGUCCACGGGCAGUCCACACGGCCUACGUCGUCCCCAUCGUCGAUUUUCCCGGCCUCAAGCUUUUGCGACACCGUGCUGCUUGCGGGACGGCUUCCCGACUCUCCCGGCCCGUGGGCCCACGAUACCGUCCCGACUUCUCGAGCCGCUGGGGCGCCCGCAGCCUCGCUCCAGCCUGGCGCACCGUGCCAUCCUCUGGCCCCUCAACGAGCGACUUGACCGUCUGACCGGGUCAGCCGGCGGCGGGGCCCGGAGGCGUUGUUAAUUUUCGCGACUUAUAUCUCCUCCCUCACGCCCUCUUUCGCCCGACUGCUGUGGCGUCGUCCCAUGCAUACCUGACCUUUGCUCGAGGGCACGCUCGACGUCCGCGCACUGAGCAGGCGAGGACACCGAUUUGGCCAUGUCGGGCAUCGUCAACAUCGUCGCCACCACUUGUCUGGUUUGGGUAGCCAUCGUAUUCCUGGUUCAGUUCAUCGGCCUUAGUGCCUGGUGAGAGCAACCCCCCGCGAGCGAGGCGUCUCCUGACCGUUGUGACGCUGACCGACAAUGCCGCAGCUUUCGAUAUGUGUCCCGUCGACCGCCACCCUCCAUAUCGUCAAAGCUCGGACACGAUGCCCCCUUCGUGACAAUCAUUCGCCCGGUCAAGGGCCUCGAACCCAAGCUCUACGACUGCAUCGCCUCUAGCUUUCGACAAGAUUAUCCCCGCGAUAAAAUCUCUGUCCGCCUCUGUGUCGACGACGAAUCCGAUCCCGCCUACCCUGUCCUUCAACAGGUGCUCGAUGACUUCCCCGCCUUCGACGCCAAAAUACUCGUCGAGAGCAGAGACCCCGCCCUUCAUGGGCCGAAUGCGCAUUCCAAGCUCGGUCCGAAUCCCAAGAUUCGUAACAUGAGCCGAGCGUAUCGGGAAGCCAAGGGCGAUAUCAUAUGGGUUAUGGACUGUAAUGUCUGGGUGGCCAGCGGGGCGCUGGGCCGCAUGGUGGACAAGUUGAUGGGCUUUGCAAGUGACAAGGCGCGCACGACGCCGUACAAGUUCGUCCACCAGAUGCCCCUUGUCGUCGACACCAUCGACUACACGGAGCCGACGUCCGCCUCGCGCCAGGCGCUGCUGUCAUCCACCUCCGAGAGGCCCUCCAGCCCAGAGUUGAUGGCCCGGUCGGCGGACGAUCUGCUCACGCGCAUCUCUCGCAACGGGGGCGGCAGGCUAGACGAGAUGUUCAUGGCCACAACCCACAUCAAGUUCUACGGGGCCAUCAACUCUGUCGGGAUCGCGCCAUGUAUUGUAGGAAAGAGCAACAUGUUCCGAAAGUCCCACCUCGACCAAGCGACCACCGAGUCGCAAAACCCCAUCCUAAAAAAGGGCGAGAACAAACCCACGGGCGUCGACCACUUCUCGUACAACAUAUGCGAAGACCAUCUGAUAGGCGACCUGCUUUGGCGCUCCAACAUCCCUGGACACUGGAACCACGGCCUCGUGUGGGGCGACCUGGCUCUUCAGCCGCAAGCGGGCAUGUCUAUUACGGGGUAUGUCGCCCGUCGCGUGCGCUGGCUACGUGCGCGCAAGUUCACCGUCCUUGCCGCGACGCUGGUGGAGCCUGGCGUCGAAUCCCUCGUUUGCUGCGCCUACUUGGCUUUUGCUCUCACCACGCUGCCUUGGGUCCACGAUAAGACCGGCAUCCCUCGCACCUGGGGCGCCAUGGCGUCGAUAUGGGUCGUGGCCGUUCUCGCCUGGAUGACUGUCGACUGGUUUGCGUUCCGUCUCAUCCACUCGGGGCAGACGGUCGCCGUCGACGAGGACACGCCGUACUGGGCCCGGGGAACUUCCCAUGGGGCGGGGGGGAUGCCCAGGCGUUCCUUCGGCGAAUGGGUCUUGGCUUGGAUCGGGAGAGAGUUCUUGGCGUUGCCGAUCUGGACGUGGGCGGUGGUUCUUGGCACCACGGUGAACUGGCGGGGAAAGACGUUUUAUGUCCGCUUCGACACGUCUGUUGUUGAUCUAACUAAUAAACAGCCGACGCGGGGGUCGCGAACCCCUGAACUGGAACGAGGUAGGCGGUCGAGCAAGGACAGAGUGGAUUGAGCAGGUUGCCAAUAGUGCACCAGCAUUCAAAUCAUUGGUUUAUAUAUAUCUCGGUCCCAGGGGCCAUAUUUUUACG